UCUAGCUAGUUCUUUGGCAUUUUCUCCUAACCGUACAUUGAAAUUUCUCUUGAUAGGUUAUAAAUGCAUUGCAAUAAUAUCUACAUGCUUCUCAACACCAGCACCAUCAUCACCACCAUCUCCAACACCAACUUUCCACCACCCUUUUUUUCUCUUCCCUCCCUCACAAGACUACUCGACUCCAUUCCUCAAGUCCUAAAUGCCCAUAAACCCCGUACGAUACCAUCCUCCACGAGCUUGGUCUUGGGAGCCACCCAUGAAUCCUCACCACCACUACCAAGUAGAGCAGGAGGAAGCCCAGUAUGAGAGAGAGCUCAUGUUCGAGAAGCCCCUCACCCCAAGCGACGUAGGCAAGCUCAAUAGGCUAGUCAUUCCCAAGCAGCACGCCGAGAAGCACUUCCCCCUCGAUGGGGACUCGGGCGAGAAGGGCCUGCUUCUGAGCUUCGAGGACGAGUCGGGCAAGUCAUGGCGCUUCCGCUACUCCUACUGGACCAGCAGCCAGAGCUAUGUGCUCACCAAGGGGUGGAGCCGCUUCGUGAAGGAGAAACAGCUCGACACCGGCGACGUGGUUCUCUUCGAGCGCCUGCGGGCUGGCGGUGACCGCCUCUAUAUCGGUUGCAGGCGCCGCGGUGCUCCCCAGGCCACGCCGGCUCGGACCGUGGCCAGGCCCAAUUCUGCACUACCCUGGACAAUGUACCACACACCAGUGGCGAGUCCCUACUUGUACGUUAGCUCGACGCAACAGGACUGCGUUCUCCAUGCAGGUAGCUUCGGUGAUCAAGAAGAGGAAGCAGUGGAGAAAGCUCAUGCACCAUCACCGGCGCCGGCAAACUCGAAGAGGCUGAGAUUGUUUGGCGUGAAUUUGGACUGCGGACCGGAGCGGCCGGAGCCACAGCCGGUGCAACCGACAUCAUGGUUCAUGGGGCGCGGGAGCUCCGAUGCCUCCAGCUCCCAACUAUAGACUGGAACUCGGAUGGGCUAAAAAUGUUGGUGGAGGAGAUGAAUUCGGUGGAGAGAGAGGAGGAGGAGGAGAUCUGAGGCCAUGUUCUCAAAUCCCACCAACCGACGCAUCCUCUACCAAGUGACGUUUUGAUUGACUUGUGAGGGAACCACGGGAAGGGAUGGAAGAGAAAAUAAAAGCUGGGAGAAAAAAACAAAGGAGGGAUGGGAAGGGCUGGAAAAGAAAUCCCUGGUUUUCCGGGCAAUCUCCUCUUCCCUUUUAUUUUCUUUCAGAAAUUCUGCUGUACGGGGCCUGUCGGGGGAUGGGGUGAGGUCUCAGGAAACAUCAGCUUGAAAAGGAGUAGAUAUGAGGUGGGACCCAAUAACCCAGGGGCGAGGAAGCACGACCCAUCCCAACUCUUUGUUAACUUGUAAUCUUUUUGCAGUGAAAAAAAAAAGAAGAAGAAGGAGAAGGAAAUCUAAUGAGAAUUUCGUUCUAAUUUUUUUCUUGUUAUUUUCCUCCGUUUUUUUUUUUUUUUUGUUGAUCUUUGAUGGUCUCUGUGGAGUGAAUAAAGUGAAUAGUGGUGUGAUGAGGUGGGUUCUGGUACAUGGAUACAGUGAAGACCAUAAUACGAAAGAAAUAUAUUGGUGGGUGGUGCAUGCAAGAAUGAAAGAAAAGACAUCUGGGGAUUUCCAUGUCCUCCGCCUUUAUGUCUA